AUGGACGCAAAACCGCCGCCAUCUUAUGGUAGCUUUUCGUUGGAUUUGCCAGACGCCCAACUCCCCCCGGUGAGCUGGUCCUUCGCCGACGAAUCCCUCACGACGGCAGUGAGACCAGACGAUCGUAUUCACCUCCCGCCUGAGUUCAACGACUUGGACGAGGGCGAGACGGAAGACAUCGCGCUGACCAUCGGCCCCGAAGGAGACGACGAUUUCCAACCCAUCGGCCCAUCGGACACCGAGUACGACGCGAGCCGGGCUGACGGUGAUCUUUCAGCUGGCGUGGCGCGUGAGGGCGGCCGAUCCUCUAUACCGACGAAGGACUGGUAUGGAUAUCGCACUCUUGUUGUGAUACAUACAGACGGGAUUCAUGGUAUCGGUGUUGGGUUUUGCAAAUGCCCAGGCGCGCCUUCGGAGGAUCAGCAGCUUAUCGAAUUCGGCGGUCUCUUCCCUGCUUCCCCCGACAAUCCGUGCAGCGCAUUCACGCUUCAGUUUCUCGAAUACAGGCACGUGGAUGACGUGAUAUGCAAGACCACCCCGCAGUCCCAUAUGCGAAAGCUGAGGCGAUGCACCGAACCAGAUGAAUUGCGCCUCGCCCCGGUAAGCCCUUCCCUUGACUACCGUCGCAACCGCAGAUUCUCAGCAGAGUGCCAGACAGCCGUAGCAGUUGGAGGGUUGCCACUCAUGGCCAACUUUGGGGGGGUGGGGUUGCGACUCCCUCCAGCUGGUUGCAACCCACUGCAACCCACUGCAACCCGAUAUAACUCACCUCAGCGCAAAUACGGGCAUUGCCGAACGGUCACACCAAAUCACAUAUCAGACAGUUUCCAGAAAAGGUAUUAG